AUGAAGAAUGAGAUUGCCAAAGUUACAAAUUUCCAAGAAGGGCAGUUGCCCUUCAAAUAUCUGGGGGUGCCUGUCACCGGAAAAAAAUUACCUAUUCGUCAUUACAUGUCGUUGAUAGAUCGUGGUUUCGAAGGUAGCUGUAAGGCACCGGUAGCAUGGAAAAAGGUUUGUACUCCUAAAAGCUAUGGGGGUCCGAAUAUAAUUGAUCUUGACCUUUGGAACAAGACCAAUAUGAUUAGACUUCUUUGGGAUAUAAAUGGCAAAGCAGAUUCUCUCUGGGUAAGAUGGAUUCAAGCAUACUACUUGAAGAACAAACACCGAAUGGAAAUAGAGAUCAAACCGCAUUACUCUUGGAUCAUGAAGGCGGUCCUCGAUCAAAGAAACUGUGUCAAUGAUAUUAAUGAUUGGGAGGAUAUCAUGAAUACUAAUAACUUCAAUAUAAGCAAAGUCUAUAAGAAGUUACAACUGAGCGAUCAGAAGGUGGAAUGGAGGAACUUGAUGUAUGGUAACACGGCGAGACCGCGAGCUUGUUUUAUUAUUUGGCUUGCCUGUCAUGGAAGACUAUCCACCAAGGACAGUUUAUAUAAAUUUGGUUUGAUUGAUAAUAAAGGUUGCUGCUUUUGCCUCAUAGAGGAAUUCGCCGAUCAUCUCUUUUUUGAAUGUCCUCACACUAGGAAAAUUUAG